AUGGAUGAGAGAAAACGGCCCCAAGAGCUGCUUCUCCAAAAAAGAGACAUAGCAGUUUCUGCAGUUGCUCUGCAGGAUGAUAUAAUAGAUAAUCAUCAGCUGCAGGACCUUUAACAUCCUAAGUCAAGGACAAGGAAUACAAAGAACUUUUACAAACCAUGAAUAAAAGAAAUAGUCAGAGUAAUAGCAGAUACAGGACUAAGAAGAAAGAGCACAAAAGCAAGGAAGGUAAAGAGAUCCACACAGCAUGGAAAAUCCAUACAGUGCUGUCCAAUACUGAGGAAGGAGUUUGCUAUUCAACCCAGGGUGCUGCAUUCAUGUUCCCAUGUAUAAUUGUAAUUAUAAUUAUUUUUUCAGUGAUGCCUGAAAGCCUUUGAAAAAUUUACAGGUAAAAAUUGUCCUAUGUGUAGAAAAGAGCAGGAUCAGACCAGAGUAAUACACGAUGGGGCAUGCUUGGUUGCUUCCUGGAGGGGAUAUAUUGUUAUAACAGAGUCUAAAGACUUAAGGGAAGCAGUGCCUCCUAAGGAUAGAAAGUUAAGAAAGCAACUAUUUGAAAAAAUGUUUUGCUGUAUUUGCUUCCUUGGUCUUUUUCCUUGGGGCAAUUCAGCUUCCUUAAACCAGAACUCCUGA